AUGCUGCGACUGUCCACAGGCAUACCGCGCUUUACCGGUCGCUUUCUGUCUCGCCAUGUCUCGCGUCGCACUUUUGCCUCGAUAGAUCAGGCCAACAAGCAUCCCACCGACCUCGAUCAAGUCACAACCCUUUCCAAUGGCGUCCGAGUCGCCAGCGAAGCCGUCCCUGGUGCCUUUUCCGGUAUUGGUGUCUACGUCGAUGCUGGUUCCCGAUACGAAAACGAUGCUCUCCGCGGUGUCUCUCACAUUAUCGACCGACUGGCCUUCAAGUCUUCGUCACGGCGGAGCGCCGAUAGUAUGCUCGAGGAGAUCGAGUCCCUGGGCGGCAACAUCCAAUGCGCCUCGUCUCGUGAAUCCCUCAUGUACCAGGCCGCCACCUUCAACAGCGCUGUCCCCACCGCUACUGCUCUCCUCGCCGAAACCAUCCGCCAUCCCUUGAUCACUGAUGAAGAGGUCGCACGCCAGAUCGAAACGGCAGAGUAUGAGAUUGGUGAGAUCUGGAGCAAGCCCGAUCUCAUCCUGCCCGAGUUGCUUCACAUGGCUGCAUACAAGGACAACACUCUCGGAAACCCUUUGCUAUGUCCCGCCGAUCGUUUGGCCAGCAUCGACAAGCGCACCGUUGAUGCCUACCGCCGUGCCUUCUUCCGUCCCGAGAGACUGGUCGUCGCCUUUGCUGGUGUCGAGCACAAACAAGCCAUCGACCUGGCCGAGCAACACUUUGGUGAUAUGAAGGCUGAAGCGCUCCCUACGUCAGAGUCAACCUCCCAGAAGUCGCCGCAACCACAGCAAAAGUCGACUCUCAGCUCAAAGAUCCCCUUCUUCAAAAACCUCUCCACCUCGGCCUCGCAGUCUGCUACUGUCUCACCACUAGACCCUUCUCAGAUCAUCCCCCACCCUCUCGAUGUGCCCAUUGACACUUCCUCGCCCGCCCGCUAUACCGGUGGCUUCCUCACACUACCGAACCUGCCUAUCCCCCCAAACCCCGCGCUUCCUCGCCUGUCAUACAUCCAUCUUGCCUUCGAGUCACUUCCCAUCAACUCCGACUCCAUCUAUGCUCUCGCAACUCUUCAAACCCUUCUUGGUGGAGGUGGAUCAUUCUCCGCCGGUGGUCCCGGCAAGGGCAUGUACAGUCGUCUGUAUACCAAUGUCUUGAACCAGCACGGAUGGGUCGAAAACUGCGUCGCCUUCAACCAUGCCUACACCGACAGCGGCAUCUUUGGUAUCAGCGCUGCAUGCGCCACUCCCUACGUCAACCACAUGCUCCAGGUCAUGUGCUUGCAACUAGCUAAUUUGGGCAAGGAGACUGGUAUUGGCCGCCUGACCGAAGGAGAAGUCAAGCGUGCAAAGAACCAGCUCAAGAGCAGUCUACUCAUGAACCUCGAGAGCCGCAUGGUCGAGCUCGAGGAUCUGGGUCGUCAGGUCCAGGUCCACGGACGCAAGGUUCCUGUACAAGACAUGAUUGCUCGCAUCGACAAAGUCUCGAUUCCCGAGCUGCGUCACGUUGCUCGUCAAGUCUUUGGCGGCAUGGUCAAGAACCCUGGCGGCGGCAGCGGUGCCCCUACCGUCGUAAUCCAACAAGGCGAAGAGGAAGGUGUACAGAUUCAAGAGCUCAAGUGGGACGCCAUUCAAGGUACGAUUCAAAAGUACGGUCUCGGUCGCCAGUAA